UACCCGCUCCGUUCCGUUUAACGGUUUUACAGGACGUUUCUCAAACAAGGUUUUCGAAUCUUGGUCGUGUUUACAUUUUAUCAUGACUGAAUACAGCUUGAAGAGAAAGGCGUUCCAGAGAUUAGUAGCUUUAACAGCGUACGUCUUGAUCUGGUCUGCAGUAUUUAUGAUCAUUGAACAGACAGGUGAACCGAACACUGUAGUUGCUAACAGAAUGCUAGAAGAGGUCAAAAACAAUAUUUCUAGGCUUCUUGGAGCCAAUAUCUCCGAGGAACAUUUUGAUGCUUUGGUCAACAAAAUUUCUGGCGCGGUGAAGGUUAGAGAAAGACCGGACUGGAAGUAUUGGAAAACUGUUGAUUUUGUCAUUCAGUCUUUGACUACGAUUGGUUUUGGUGACUUGACCCCUCGAACCUUAACGGGACAAAUGGUAUUCAUUUUCUUUGCUGUGAUUGGCUUACCCUUCACCAUGGUAACCCUCAAAACAACUGGCGAGCUCAUGCACGACGUUGUUAAGAAGCUCAUUAUCUUCUUCGAAAGACGCUUUCUACAAAAACAAGAAACGAAAAACCUUCAUUUUAAAUGUGUCGUGUUUUCGUUCGCAGCAUUCAUUGCUCUUCAUGCAUACGGCGCAGAACUUUAUGUAACGCUCAAUCAAACUGGUUAUUUCGAAGGAAUCUAUGCGUCGUUCGUCACCCUGUCCACCAUAGGUUUCGGAGACUACAUUCUUGAUUUUAGAGAGACUAUAAGUAAAAAUAACGUAAGUGACGCUUCCAUGACGGCACUACUUCUCUUUAACUUGCCGUUGUUACUGAUCAACUUGACUAUCGUAUCCUGUUUUCUCAACUCCAUAAUGUUUAUGUUGGAAAUUCUUCGCAAGCGGAAUUCAUGCAUUAGCGAUUGUAACACGGAGGGACAGGAAAAUCCUGUUCCAGUCAGUUCUAAUACGGAUCAAGAAAUGGCAACCAAAGCAAGUUUUUAAGAACACUUUGUACUUUUAGUAUUAAUGAAAUGUCCAGAAAAUUAAAUUUGCAUUUGGAGUCUAUUAAGUAUGAAGAAGGGGUCAUAUACCUUUAGAACUUUUGCAAGAGCUAAAAGUUUUCCAAUCAUUUACAAUCAGAAAAUAUGAGACCACAAGAACACUACCCAUCCAAUAAGCCUUUUUAGCGAUACAGCGGCCAUCUUGAAUUCCUUUGAAAAAUUCAUAGACCGUACAGGUGUUAGGAUGUCGAUUUCUAUAAGUUUACGCUUUUCAAUGAGGAGCACACUCGGUCCUAAAAAGCAAUUGAUUUUUCUGGUAGUUGGAACAAUAUGUGAAACACUAAGACUUCAAAUUAUUUGGACGCACUCCUGCUACUCUAUGCUUUAUAAAUUUUUUACGUUUGCCCCCUUGGAUUCCUAUAAUUCAAGGUGGACUCCGUAUCAGUAAAAAGCUUAUUUGCAAUCACAUAAACUUGAAUUUAUCUGCAUGACUGACAACCGGAGCCGGUGAGUUAGAAUUCGUGUGCUAGGGAGUGCCACAGGACUAACAGGUGUUUUGGGACCACUGACCAAUUUUGGUUAGUUUCGAAAUUUUAAACCAACCUGGACCAGAAAUGUCAUUUGUGACAUUAAUAAUGAAUGGUAUCAAUGCAAAAGCCGAUGAUUAUUCUGCGUCCAUCAAUCAAGGCCAGGAGUAAUUUAAAAUGGUUAUGGAACCUUAUUUUCCGCAGUUGGUCUAAGUUUAUUUUUGUGCCACGAGGAUUGCCCAAAACCCCACUGCAAAUCUAGAAGUUAUCAAAGUCUUAGAGACGCGGAAUAUCUGAUUGUCUCUAAUUCUAGAUCUGUAUAUUUAACAAAUUUACGAUGGUUGAGCGUGGUAUGUCCUCUUAUUUACCACGAUAUGACGUCAAAAGUUGGUCAAAAUGUUAUGGACUCACGAGGCGUAAGCCGAGUGGGUCCAUAACUAAUU